UAAUUUCGUUCCUCAAACGGUUGACUCUGCACCUCUCAUUUCUUCCUCGAAGGCUGGUAGGUAGCGGAGGAGCAACUAACUCGCUUUGAUUAUGAAUUUAUGACUCAAUUAAGCUUCCGCUCUUCCGAUCACAGAAAGUUGCUAAACGGCAGCUGAUUUCUAGCAUACUCGAGGAUGGUGACUGUCGAUGCCAAUGGCGAUGAACUAGAAUCCGGUGACCGGAUACAAAUUCAGGUGCCGCCGCUGGAGGAAAGAUUGCUGGCGCAGAGCGGCACGAAGUUCGCGUGGAUUCUGGAUUUCUUCCACCGGACUCUCGACCGGAGAGAGGAAAUCUCCAUUUCGGUGCCCUCGCCGGUCGCCGGAGUUCGGCGGCACCUUCAGUUCUUCAGAAGGAUCAACUGGGCUUCCUUAUUGAGGGCCGGCAAGGAAUGGCUGAAGAACCCAUUGCACAUCGCGCUCCUCCUCUGGCUGCUCUGCGUCGCCGCCUCCGUCGCCAUGCUCGGCGGCCUCCUCCUCGGCCUGCUCAACCGCGUUUUCCCCACCAAGUCCCUCCGCAACCACUGGAUCGAGAUCAACAACCAAUUCCUCAACGCGCUCUUCACCCUCAUGAGCCUCUACCAGCACCCGAACCUCUUCCACCACUUGUUCAUGCUCUGUAGAUGGAGCUCCGAGGACGUGGUGGAGCUCAGGAAAGUUUACUGCAAGAACGCCGCCUACCGUCCCCGCGAAUGGCUCCACAUGCUCGUCCUCCUCCUCCUCCUCCACCUCACUUGCUUCGCGCAGUACGCCCUGUGCGGCCUCUACUGGGGCUACUCCUCCAAAUCGCGUCCCGAAGCUCUCGAGGCUUCCCUCUUCGCGCUGGGGAUCACCGCGCCGGUUCUCGCAGCUCUGUACGCGGUUUGCAGUCCUCUCGGACGGGACUGCGGCGGCGCAGCCGCCCCUGAGUGCGACAAGCCCGCGAAGCAGGGCUUCAAGCUGCUCGAUCAGAGAAUUGCGGAGAAGAAUCCACAGUGGAACGGCGCGCUGCUCGAUUGCAGAGACGACACCUCCAUCUGCUGCCUCUCCUUCUUCUGCACCUGCUGCGUGUUCGGCUGGAACAUGGAGAGGCUCGGCAUGGGGAACAUGUACGUGCACGUCUCCACUUUUCUGGUGCUCUGCUUCGCUCCUUUCUGGAUCUUCAACAUCGCGGCGCUCAACAUACACAACUACGUGAUCGGCGACGCGAUCGGGAUCGCCGGCGUGCUGCUGUGCGUGUUCGGGUUGCUGUACGGCGGGUUUUGGAGGAUCCAGAUGAGGAAAAGAUUCAAGCUUCCAGGGGAUGGAAUCUGCUGGUUCUCCGCUUCGAUUGUGGAUUACGCAAAGUGGAUCUUCUGCUGGGCGUGCGCACUCGCGCAGGAGGUGAGAACCGGCAACUCCUACGAUGUGGAAGAAGGAAGCCUCUUCAGGAAGCUGACGGAGACUGAUGAAGAAGACUCCAUGAGCGCACCAAUUCAACCUGUGAUGAGAUUGUAA